CCCGCUCGGCUCGGCGCCCGCCCGACUUCCCAGCGGCCCCGUGCGGCCCGGGCAUGCCCAGUGCGGGCGCAGCGGCCCCGGCCCUGGGAGCGCCCGGGCGGGAGCUGGCGGCCGGGCGCGGAGCGGCCGAGAGGAGCCGAGCGGGCCCGCGGUGGGCGAGGGACCGGGCGGCGGAGCGGCCGGAUUUCAUUUAUUCACGAGAGACACACAGAGAGACGCAGGCAGAGGGAGAAGCAGGCUCCAUGCAGGGAGCCCGAGGUGGGACUCAGUCCGGGGACCCCAGGAUCACACCAUGAGCCAAUGGUCCUUCAUGAUGAAAGAUUUUGAGACGCUUCUCUCUGUGUGUAGUUGGUAGUUUGGGUGGUGAAGAGAUGGCUGACAGUGUCAAAACCUUUCUCCAGGACCUUGCCAGGGGAAUCAAAGACUCCAUCUGGGGAAUUUGUACCAUCUCAAAGCUGGAUGCUCGGAUUCAGCAAAAGCGAGAGGAGCAGCGUCGAAGAAGGGCAAGCAGUGUCCUGGCGCAGAGGAGAGCCCAGAGUAUAGAAAGGAAGCAAGAGAGCGAGCCACGUAUCGUUAGUAGAAUUUUCCAAUGCUGCGCUUGGAAUGGUGGUGUCUUCUGGUUAAGUCUCCUCCUGUUUUAUCGAGUGUUUAUUCCUGUUCUGCAGUCAGUGACAGCCCAGAUUAUUGGUGAUCCAUCACUGCAUGGAGACGUUUGGUCGUGGCUGGAAUUCUUCCUUACGUCCAUCUUCAGUGCUCUUUGGGUGCUCCCUCUGUUUGUGCUCAGCAAAGUUGUAAAUGCCAUUUGGUUUCAAGACAUAGCUGACCUGGCAUUUGAGGUAUCAGGGAGGAAGCCUCACCCAUUCCCUAGUGUCAGCAAAAUAAUUGCUGACAUGCUCUUCAACCUCUUGCUGCAGGCUCUUUUCCUCAUCCAGGGGAUGUUUGUGAGUCUCUUUCCCAUCCACCUUGUUGGUCAGCUGGUUAGUCUUCUGCACAUGUCCCUUCUCUACUCACUGUACUGCUUUGAAUAUCGUUGGUUCAAUAAAGGAAUUGAAAUGCACCAGCGGUUGUCAAACAUAGAAAGGAAUUGGCCUUACUACUUUGGAUUUGGUUUGCCCUUGGCUUUCCUCACAGCGAUGCAGUCUUCAUACAUUAUCAGUGGCUGCCUCUUCUCCAUCCUCUUUCCUCUAUUCAUUAUCAGCGCCAAUGAAGCAAAGACACCUGGCAAAGCAUACCUUUUCCAGCUGCGCCUCUUCUCUUUGGUGGUUUUCUUAAGCAACAGACUUUUCCACAAGACAGUCUACCUGCAGUCUGCCCUGAGUAGCUCAACCUCUGCAGAAAAAUUCCCUUCACCGCAUCCGUCUCCUGCCAAACUGAAGGCUGCUGCAGGCCACUGAUUGCCUGCCAUCCAGAGGGGAUGGGUGGAUUGGAAGGAUGCUGUAGGAGCUCUUUUCCUUGUCCCCUCCUCUGCCAGGGAAGGCAGGACCCGCUCUGCCAAGGGCCCUUUGCAUAUUCCCUUGUCUCUGAGGAGCUGGGAUUUUUGUCUCUGGUGCGCUUAAGGCAGAAUCUUCCUGACACCAGUGUGUGGAUUUUUAACACCGGUGAGUCUGAAUGGACCACAGGUUUUUCUGUAGUUCUUUUCUAGCACUUGCCAGCCCCCGUGCCUGGACUGAUUGGAGUACUUUUUUUGGUCCCUGUGCCAUCGAUCCUCCCAAUUCCUUGUCCUGCCUUCCACCACCCUUGGAUGAAUGGAUUUUGUAAUUCUAGCUGUUGUAUUUUGUGGACCUGUUUUUUUUUUUGUUGUUGUUGUUAUUGUUGUUGUUUUCCUGUGAAGCACAUAUAUUGGAUGAGGGAGAUAAAGGAGUAUCUCACCUGCUCCUGGUCACUCCCUUUAUAGCCAUCACUGUCUUGUUUCUUGUAACUCAGGUUAGAUUUUGGUCUCUCUUGCUCCACUGCAAAAAAAAAAAAAAACAAGCCUGAAGAGAUGGGACAGGAGGAAAGACCUCACAGCCAGAUCUGCUUGGUUUUGAGGAGUGAUUUUUUUUCUUCCCCUUGAAGGGGAAAAAGCUUUUUUCACUGGUACAUUAAGUUCCCCAGCUGUAGGGAGGUACCAGUUUUGGACCAGUGCCACUGCAACACCGAAUGCUCAGAGAAUCUGAACUUUUAACUCUGGAGGUCUGAAGUGUACUGCUGGCCACUGCCGGGUCUGUCUGGUAUUUCAAAGGAUUAUUGGGUGCUGCAAAUAGGAACUGAAGGGGUAAACUUAUUAAACCCAUUGAGCCUGUGA